AUGGCUUGUAUUUCUGCAGUGUCCUUACUUUUAUGCUUGGUUUUUCAAGGCAUUUCUGGGGAAGAUGUUCAAGUAACAGUAGAGCAAGGCACCUUGAAUGGUGAAAUAGUGACAAGCGUCAUUGGCGAGAAUUACUACAGUUUCAAAGGUAUUCCCUACGCCAAACCACCCGUGGGGGCACUAAGAUUUAAGGAUCCUGAAGAUCCCAUCUCAUGGGAUGGAGUGAGAGACGCCAAAGUUCAUGGAUCUGUCUGCCCUCAACUGAAUAUUUUAACAAAUACGUACAUUCCUGGUAGUGAAGACUGCCUGUUCGUCAACGUGUACACGCCUAAUGUAAAACCUGAAACUCCUUUACCAGUUUUAGUUCAUAUCCAUGGCGGAUCCAAAGGUUUAUUCCACAGAGCUAUAGCCGCAAGCGGUUCACCAUUUAAUGAUUUUAAUGUUGGUUUUGAACCUCGGAGAAGGGCAUUCGUACUCGCUCAAACAUUGGGCUUUGAAACAAAUAACAACAACGACAAUGAUCUCCUUGAAUUUUUGCAAAGCGUUGAAGUAGUUCAAUUAAUAAACAUCACCGCAAGUUCCGCCUCUGUGAUGGCAUCACAGCAAAUCACUGAUUUACCAUUCAAAAUGCAACCAUUCACGGCACCAGUUGUUGAAAAGGCAUGUCCUCAAGGCAAUUUUUUGACUAAAGACGUUUUAACAUCUUUAGAAUCCGGAGAUGUGAACAAAGUUGAUGUUAUGUUCGGGUACGCUAACAAGGAAUCCCUUCUUCUGCUCCCUGCCUACGUGCAGGCUUUACUGGGACAGUAUAAUAGAUAUCGAGAGUUGUUUGUGCCCAGUAAACUGCUGAACGUGUUAACUCCAAGUACAAUUUUGAAUUUGGCCGAUGAGAUCAUUAAUUUUUAUUUUGGAGAUAAAGCAAUAAGUGUUGAUAACAUUGAAGAGUUUAUAAACUAUGCAAGCAAUGUCAGUAUAUCAUAUGAUAUGCAGAGAUUUUUCAGAAGAUGGACCAAAUUCGGAAAUACAUAUGCUUUUAAAUUGUCAUCGUAUUCGUCUAGAAAUGUAUACGGUGCUGCAGGUGAGUCAUACGGAAUUGCUGGUGCCGCACAUUUCGAAGAUGUAUUCUACACUUAUGACCCGAAAUCUCUAAACUUGCCUCUAACUAAAGACAGUAUUGAAUACAAAAUGAUUAAACAGAUCACAACGCCUAUGAUCGAUUUCGCUAAAACCGGAAAUCCUACUCCUGACACUUCUUUUUGGCCGAAGUAUAAUUGCACCCUGGCCUACGUUAACUUCGCCGAAGACAUGACGGUAGGCUACGCUCCUGAUGAGGCCGAUUAUCAGUUUUGGAAGGCUCUUUAUAAAAGCGUAAAUGAACGCUUUUAA